AUGUUCAAGACAAUAUCCUGUUCGACAGCGAUGCUGUGCGCAGCAAUCAUGACAGAGCAUUGGGAGCAUGUGGUGUGGGAGCACGCCGCACUGGCGGCUCUCGCCAACGCUUCCAAUACGGCCCUGCAGUGGCUUCUCGAUGAGAAAGUUGCAAAGGCAAACUGGAAUUCAAGGCAAGUGUCUAGGGUGCCAGGUUGUGGAAGAGCGCCAGGUUGUGGAGGAGUGCCAAGUGGCGUAGGAAAACUGGGUUGCGUAGGAGUGCCCGGUGGCGUAGGGGCGCCAGGUGGCGUAAGGGCGCCAGGCGGCGUAAGGGUGCCAGGUGGCGUAGGGGCGCCAGGUGGCGUAGGGGCGCAAAAUUUCGUAAAGGCGCCAGGUUGCGGUGGGGCGCCGGGUUGUUGA